GAGCACGAGAGCUGUCAGUGAAGCCUCGGUUCAUCCACACGGUGCAGACAGUACGCGCACGGUACACGCGCCUCUGUAAUCCGGCAUCCGCGUUUCACAGCUCGGACAACCAAUUCUACCCAUCGGGAAAGAUAUUUUCCAGAGGACAGUUUAUGUGCGCUGUCAUAUUUCUGCUCCUGUCAGAAUCAGGAAAAAACAACGUGGUGCCAAGAUGAAGGAAAUGGGUCUCCUGUUACUGUUUUUUUCUGUGGCCUGUGGAAAAGUUACAGGCCUCGGUCCCCCAGGAAAGCCGACGUUGACAAACUGUCGCUCCCCUGAAAAGGAGACCUUCACGUGCUGGUGGAAGCCUGGCCCAGACGGAGGACUCCCUACCACCUACGCCUUGUACUAUCUUAAAGACAACUCUGAAACAGUAUAUGAAUGUCCUGAUUAUCACACCGCUGGCAGGAACUCCUGUUUCUUUAACAAGAACGAAACAUCUGUCUGGGUCAACUAUAACAUUACUGUUGUGGCCACCAAUAAAAUGGGGAGGACUUUUUCUGAUCCAGUGGAUGUAGAUGUUGCUUAUAUCGUCCAGCCCCACACCCCUGAGAAUGUGACAGUGAAUGUGAUGGAAGACGAGGGUUGGCCUUUCUUGCGCGUGUCCUGGGAAUCACCUCACAAAGCUGAUAUCCGCUCAGGUUGGAUCACUCUGGUCUAUGAGCUCCGGAGCAAGAUGGAGGGGGAAGAGGAAUGGGAGGAACAUUUUCCCGGUCAGCAAAAGACAUUCAACAUUUUCAGUGUAAGAUCAGGAAGUUCCUACCUCGUUCAGGUGCGCUGCAGACCUGACCACGGCUUUUGGAGUGAAUGGAGUCCUACAACCAAAACCAAAGUGCCUAAAUUUUUUCUGGGACGGUCUCUGUGGAUUCUUAUUUUAGUUUUCUCCAUCUUGGUCGUUCUCAUUCUUGCAUGGAUUAUUUACAUGAACUGCCACAGUUUGAAGCACUCUAUUCUACCACCGGUUCCUGGUCCUAAAAUUAAGGGAUUUGAUCAUCAGCGUUUGAAGAAUGGCAGUUAUAAAGAUGGUUUAGGCGCAUUGAUGAUUCCUGAAUACCCCCCGAGCUCCUCCUCCAACGACGACGACCUGCUGGUGGAGUACUUAGAGGUGUUUGUCACAGGGGAACAAGAUAUUUCCAUGGAAGAAGGCAAAGAGAUUCAGGACCACUACUGUAAAUCCGAAAGCUCAACAUGUGACAGCGACUCUGGCCACGGCAGCUGCGACAGCCACACUCUGCUCAUAGACAAAUGUAAAGAGACGAGUAAAGAUGAACUUAACUCCAAUUGCGAAGACGCUAGCGAGAUCAUCGAGCUAGAGAUAUCCCAAAACAACCAAGACGAGAAGACGUUGAGUUACGAUGGCCGUCCUGACACAUGCAAUGGGCGAGUGAAGACAUGGCCCUCUGUUUUUACGCCUUUGCCACAGUACACAUUAAGUGCAAUCCCACAAAAGAGCUCCUUGGAAAUAGUGAAACAGCACUGCCUUUCUGAUACCUUAUUUCCACCUGGUUCUAUGUCGUCUAACCUCGUCAACCAAAAUGAGUCUUUUGGGCCAAGCUACUGGGAAUUUAGCCUAAAUAGCAAGCAGCUACCUCAAAUUCACUCACAAAGUUCAAAGCAUCUCCAGGCUUACAGCGACAUCAACAUUAGUAAAAAGGACAAUGAAAUUACAACUCUGUUCAAAUCUACACAAUAUGUGGAGGUGAAAAACGUGAAUAACAAGGAUAUGGUUCUCCUACAGCCUGUGGAGUCAGGGAGUCAAAGCCACGCUGAGGGCUGUCCCCACGUGCACCAGGGAAAGGAUUACAGUAAAGUCAAAGGAGUGAACAGUGACAAAAUGUUGCUUCUGGAAAGUGGGGUGAAUGUAAUGGGACAAGAAACAGCCACAUGUUUUUGUGACAAGAGCGAGACAAAUGCAAUGAAAGAGAGUGGCUACAUGUCGUCAGCUAAUGUUUGGAAGCACAAGCAUCCUCCCAUGCAAACCGUCCUGCCAGUGCAAGAGGAGCAGAAACCAUUUGCUGCAAAUGGUUAUGUUGACACUGCUACUAUGUUCUCAGUGCCCAUGUAAUAAGUGCCCAAAGACUGGGACAAUCCACGGCCUGUUUCUCAUGUCAGAGCUGUAUGGACAUUCUGCAAAGUAACUGCUGUUUCAGAAAAUGAUUGUAUUUUGUUUCCACAUAAGAAAAUUAUUUAUCUUUUUCACAGAAAUUUAUAUUUUAUCAUUCCAUAUGAUGUUGUGUCUUAUUCUGUAUUGUGUACAACAUUUUGGCAAGAGAAAGGUUACUGCCUCUAACACAAACUCUUUGCUGUGAAAAUACAAAACAUUUAAAUGUAGCAGUGCAAUAUAUUUGUAUGAGGGAAUGUUUGCUUUGUCAGUCUGUCAGUCUUGAGCAAAUGAGAAACAACGAAACAAUGAAUGUGCACAUCAUUUAAACUACAUUAUGUUUGGUACAAUUCUAAAGGGGAACUGCAUAAUAUUAUUUAAUGGAGGCUACGCCACUGACUUGUCUCCAAUUAUAAUUAUAGAAUUAUUUUUAUGGGUUUCAGACAUACAAUUCCUUUUUUAUUUGAGUGAGUUUGAGAGGAUCUUUCCCCGUUCGAACCAUAAUACUUUGAUUGUAAUUGCUAUCGCAAUAGAAGAACGUCGUCAUAGCUUGAAACUUAAUGGUGGUGUAAUGAUGCCAGAUUUCCUUAUUGAUUACAUGGUAUACUCAUAAGAAAUACUCAAAAAGUUAAUUCACAAAUGUGAACCUUAUAAUUUAAUUUAAUGACUAGAUCCUAGAGAUUGCUAUUUAAAAAAAAAUCAUUGGCCUAUACAGUGUUGUGAAGUCAUCUGAAACCCAGCAAUUAUUUGUUUAGCCUAGAAUAUUACACAUUGUGGCAUUAAAUAUAUCUAUUUCAAGCACCACCAUGCCCAAGUUACAGGUCAGGUUUGUGGAGAGGUGACUCUGCUCUCAGAAUAAGAAUUCUAUAGAUUUUCUAAAGCUGUGUUUGAGUGCAAAGACAAACACCCAAAAUGAAAAACAACACAUUAGCAUCUGUUUCCAUGGAGACAAGCAGGUUGCAAAUCACACGGAGGUCAGUCGACCUGUUGACUUCAAUGUAUUUUCUUAUCAUUAUCCUUAGAUUUUUUGCUCUCUAACAAUAUAAUCAAAUGUAUUGAUUGUACUAAAAUAUUUUGUUUAAAUGUUUUAAAUUAACAUUCUACAUUAUUUCAAUGCAAUAUUAAGUUUUAUUAUAUAAGACUGUGAGCUAAUACUUGUUCAAUUGAUGUAGGUUUUCUACGUAACCUAAUAUUGUCAACACGAGUGUAAAAGGAGUGUAAAAAGGUAGGAGUGAUGAUUUAUGAAUUCAGUAAAGAUGAGCAGCACCAUUGGUUUGGAACUCGUGUGUUUGACAAUGAGCUCAGGAGAAAAAGGACCACGGCCAACUUGUUUUGGUAAAAAGCAGCUGGUUUACGUGGAAAAGGGGGUCGUAUAUUUCUAAAAAAUAAACAUACAGGGCAAUUCUUUACAGAGACAAUUUAUCCAUAGUAAUGAGACAUUUUAAUGCGCUUUUGGAAUGAAAAAGAGAAUAAAAUAAUAUUAAUACCAUGGUCAGUGAGACUCAUUAAUAAAAGUACCAAACAUAAUAUACUACAAAGAUCAUUCUCAUAAUUGAAUCUCUUGAUAAUGAAUCCACUGUUGAAAGUCAAAUUUAAAAAAUGAGUAGAAAGUCGUUUAUACAAUUUAAAAUAAUCCAAAUACUCAGCCUCCC